UGGUAAGAGAAACGCCUGUCUUUUACGAAUGCACCGUUCUCGACUUAAUCAAUAUCAACACACUACGGUGCCACCUUGAGGAUCCGCCCUGGUGUCGUUCAUGUAUAAGACCUGUGCUACCAGGUAAGAAAUCCCGGCUCGUGGCUUUCCUCCUCACACCCGCCGCCUCCCAGUUUCAAGGUCUCUUUCAGCUCGUGCUGCACUCCCCCCUUGGGCUGUCGAGACAACUCAAACGUCCACUCUGGAGCGAUACACGGCCGCCAAUACUACAAUGUGGUCCGGAGGCAUGACCGCGAGCCUUCUAGCUGCGUCCGCCUUGCUAUUCCCGAGUGUUGGUUCCGCAGCGGCAGUCGAGAACCACGAGCCUGGAAACGUGGUCGUCCAAGCCUCGGCGGCGACACCGCGCACCGGGAUUCCACCAUGUGAUGCUCUGAUUGCUGCCGGCUUGGGAGAUCGACUGGUCCUUGCGACCGAGGAGGGCUACGAGGCCCGUAUCGCAACCUACUGGUCCGUCGGUGCCCGACUGCGUCCAUGGUGUCUCGUCCAGCCCCGCGACACCGAGGAGGUCUCCAGGACGUUGACCACCCUGGUCAAAACCGGGUCCGGGGCAGGCGAUUGGCACAUUGCCGUCCGUGGCGGUGGCCACAACCACUGGGCGGGCACGAACAACGUCGCCAACGGCGUGACCAUUGACCUGGCCCACUUCAACCAAACAUCCUACAACCCCCGCACGAACCUCGCCUCUGUCGGGCCUGGCGACCACUGGAAGGACGUAUUUGCCGCGCUGCUCAAGCACAACGUGACCGUCGCCGGAGGACGCGACGGCGGCGUCGGGGUCGGCGGCUUCCUGCUGGGAGGCGGCAACUCCUACUACACGGGCCGCAUGGGCUUUGGCGCCGACUCGGUCAAGAACUACGAGGUCGUGCUCGCGGACGGCGCCGUCGUCCAUGCCAACAACACGACCAGCCCUGAUCUGUACAAGGCUCUAAAGGGCGGAGGCAGCAACUUCGGCAUCGUGACCCGCUUCGACAUGGAGGCGCUGCCCGCCAAGGAUCUCUACACCGGCAUCCGCCUCAUGAGCAAGGAGAACUCGGACGAUGUCGUGGAUGCCGUCGUCGAUUUCACCAACCACGACCAGUCCUUGGCCGACGAUGCCAUGGUCGUGGUCUACACCCACAACACGGCCAUGGGCGACGACGUUCUCAUCGCCGCGUCCCGCGUCAACACCCAGGGCAACUCGAACACGACUGCUUUUGCCAAGAUCAACAGGAUCCCCGCCAUCAGCAGCGAGAUGACCCACCGGAGCAUGGCGGAUCUGGCGUUGAACUCCCAAAUCCCUGCAGGGAGCCGUUCUGUGUGGUUCACCCUGACCUUCAAAAACGACGCGUCCAUCCUGCGCAGGGCUGUCGACGCCCACCAGGCGUUCGUGGACGCGAUGAAGCAGGCCGUGAGCGCGGACGAGUUCACCACGCAGAUGGUGUUCCAGCCCCUGCCCACCUACUUCGCCGACAUCGGCCGGGCGCGCGACGGCGGCGGCGGCGGCAACGUCCUCGGCCUCGAUGCCGAGAAGGACAACGCGAUCCUCUGGCUCGGUCUCGUGACCGUCAACACCGAGGCCCAGGAGGCCGUCGCGCGCGCCCGCAUGGCCUCGGCCGCGGCGCAGAUCGAGGACUUCGCUGCCUCGGUCGGCGGCAGCGUCGGCUGGCGGUACCUCAACUACGCCGACCCCAGCCAGAACCCCCUCAAGACGUACGGCGAGGCCAACGUGGGCUUCAUCCGCAAGGUCGCUUCCAAGUACGACCCGGAAGGCGUGUUCCAGAAGCGCGUUCCCGGCGGCUUCAAGAUUUCGCGUGUGGAUUAGAUUCGAGAUCGUUAUGUGGGCCACGGGGGCAACGAGAUUUGAUAUUGGCGUUGUACUUUGUAGCGAUUGCAGCUUCGAUACCGACGUAUUCAAUGAACACUAUGACAAAAAAACAAAACCUUGGUUAU